AUGGGAGCAGAUCAGGAUUCCCCAUAUAUCCUAUGGGGUCAGGCCAUGACGUCCGACCCAUCGGAGACGAAGGAUGAUCCCGAAAAGCCCAUUUCUCCGCAACCCACUAACGUAUAUCAGGGCUUGGAAACACCAGCCACACCUGCAUGGUAUCAUAGACCCUUCAUUCAAGCCGACUUAUCGAACGACCACUUUGAGUCUUUUCAGUAUAGCGGCAAUGAUGACUUUCGGUUUAUGCCGCCUCUGCUUUCAUAUCCAACGUCUGAGCCGACUUCGCCCAAUCCGCUCAUGUCCGUGGACACGUUUGGCAACCAAUCGCCACAAGCUGGCUCACAGCCCUGGGAAACGCCCCAACGCCGCAAGCACCCUACACAUGAAUUUUCCUACUCAAAUAUGCCUUCGAAAGAUGGCGACAGCAACAGACUCAUGGACUCACCUGGCUAUGACUCUCUGCCACGUACUUACACCGGUGGUGACUUGCUCAUGAGCCCACUGCAGCCCUCGUACCCUCAUUCACCUCGAUCAAAUUGGGAAAGCGGCGAUCUGCACCCAUAUUAUGUAUCUGGUUACCGUCACAGUUCAGGUCCUAGCAAGACGGAUAUCCCUUCCAUCACGUUUGAGCCUCAAUCACCCUCCAGUGCGUGGCAGUCGACGGAUAAUCUAAAAGAGAAAGAUACGGUGCUCCGCCCAUCUUCUAAGCGACACAGUAAACUAGGUGUGCCAUCUAAACCUGCCAAACCUCCGGGGCCCAAGCCUGUCAAAUUUAAUGAACUAUUUCGCUUUGCAACCCCCAAGGAGCGUUUCUUGAACCUGAUCGGUCUUAUAUGUGGUGCAGCCUCUGGCACGGCACAGCCACUCAUGACGAUCCUAUUUGGCAAUUUGGCCAACAAGUUUCUAGCCUCCAGCAAUCCGAAUCUGACGCAGCAGCAGAAACUGCAAUAUUUUCUCGAUGCUGCCCACAUGGUAAAUCGAGACGCCGUCUACCUCGUGAUCAUUGGUAUCGCCUCUUUUAUCGUUAUCUACGUGUACAUGGCCGUGUUUGUGUAUACAGGUGAGGUCAUUACACAACGCAUCAGGAUUGAGUACCUGCGAGCUAUUCUGCGCCAAGAUAUGGCAUACUUCGAUACGCUAGGUGCUGGCGAGAUCACUACCCGCAUUCAAAGUGAUAUCCAGCUAAUCCAAGAUGGCAUUAGUGACAAGCUGCCUCUUAUGGUAGCAUUUAUUUCAACUUUUAUUGCUGGCUUUGUCGUGGCGUAUGUGCGAAAUUGGAAACUGGCACUUGUUAUGACGUCGAUUCUUCCUUGCAUUGUUGGUUCGGCCAUUUUUAUGAACAUAUUCGUAUCCAAAUACCAACAGGUCGAACUGGAGCAUGUGGCAAAAGCAGCGUCUAUUGCCGAAGAAGGUAUAUCGACGGUCCGCACCGUCAAAGCGUUCGGAAUGAAUGCACAUCUCGCGAAGCUGUAUGAAGGGAGAAACAGCGUUGCUCUUAGCGCGAGUAAGCGUCGCGCUAUGGCGUCGGGCCUCGGUAUCGGUGCCUUCUUUUUCUGUAUUUACUCUGCUUAUGCACUCGCCUUUUACUUUGGCUCCAAGCUUGUCGCCAAUGGCGAGGUGCAGGGUGGUAUCGUCAUGAACGUCAUUUUUUCUGUGCUGAUUGGUGCAUUUAGUAUGGCCAUGCUCGCACCAAACCUACAGUCCCUCAGUUUUGCUCAGGCAGCAGGCGGUAAAGUAUUUGAAACUAUUGACCGCCAAUCGAAGAUCGAUGCGUUUAGUGACGAAGGCAUCCGACCUGCGACUUGCAUGGGCCAUUUGUCCGUGCGCAAUGUAUGUUUUUCGUAUCCGUCUCGGCCCGAGAUCAAGAUUCUGUCAAACUUCAACCUUGACAUGCUUCCGGGGCAAACGACUGCGCUUGUUGGACCGUCAGGCUCAGGCAAGAGCACUAUUGUCUCCCUGAUUGAGCGUUUUUACGAACCGACGGAAGGUGACGUGUUUCUCGAUGGCGUGCCUAUUCGUGAGCUCAAUAUACGCUGGCUGCGCACACAAAUCGGUCUCGUAUCACAAGAGCCAACGCUUUUUGCAACGACCGUCUGGGAAAACAUCGCGUUCGGACUAUUGCAUACGCCGUACGAACACUGGCCUGAGGAAGAAAAGGACAAACUCAUCCAACACGCCGCCAAACUUGCAAAUGCGCAUGACUUUAUUACGCAGCUGCCCGAGGGCUAUCAUACUCUUGUUGGCGAGCGUGCGGGAUUGCUGAGUGGUGGUCAGAAGCAGCGUGUUUCGAUAGCGCGAGCUAUCGUGAAGAAUCCUCGCAUUUUGCUUCUUGACGAGGCUACAAGCGCGCUUGACACGGCGAGUGAAAGCAUCGUGCAAGAAGCAUUGGAUCGCGCGGCUCAUGGACGCACGACCAUCACCGUGGCUCAUCGUCUUAGCACCAUCAAGAAUGCCAACAACAUUGUGGUGAUGAAAAAAGGUGUCAUAGUGGAGCAAGGGCGUCACGAUACAUUGCUGGAUAUCAAAGACGGUGUGUAUGCCAAUCUGGUUGCUACACAGCGGAUCCAUAACAACAAUGCACAGGCUCUUAUGAGUGCGCCGAUGCCUAUAACGAAUGGGCUUGGUAUUGAGGAAGAGCCGCUCUCUCGCAUGCCGAGCAAAAUGAGUCUGCAGUCAACUGAAAGUACGCUCACGCAUGUAAUGAAGAUGCAUGGCCUGAAAACAGGCGUUUAUGACGAGUCGGUGAAGCAACGCACGAUGGGACUUACCAAGCUCACGGCUCGACUGGCCAAAAUAGGACACGAUUUGAUCAUGCCUUUCUUUUUACCCGGAGUUCUGUGUGCUUGCGCAUCAGGAGCUGCCUACCCAUGUUUUUCCAUCUUGUUCGGCCUGGCACUCGACAACUAUGGGCGUUGUGAGAACGAGAAAGGCGUGCCAUGUCCCGAGCCUAUCCGCGAUCAGAUGCGGCAUACUGCAGAUCACCAUGCAUUGUAUUUCUUUGUCAUUGCAAUCUUGUCCACCAUCACAACGACGUUUCAAAACUCGCUGAUCCAGCAAGGUUCCGCCGUCUUGAUGCAAAGGCUUCGCGCUCUCAUGUUCCGUGCAUACAUGCGUGCUGACGUGUCAUACUUUGACGAAGAUGGCCACAGCAGCGGGACGCUCACGUCCUCUCUCGCGGAAAAUACUCUCAAAGUCAACAGCUUUGUGGGUGUGUCGAUGGGUGCGAUCGUCCAGUCUAUUUCAACUCUCCUGAUUGGAGCGAUCAUUUCACUAAUCUAUGGAUGGAAGCUCGCGCUUGUUGUUAUUGCAUGCGUUCCCUUCACACUUUGUGCGGGCUUUGUGCGUCUGAAGCUUGUCGUUCAGAAGGACGUCAAAGUGCGACGCGUGCAUUUGUCUACGUCACACAUGGCUUGCGAGUCUGCUUCAGCCAUUCGCACCGUCGCAUCACUGACACGCGAGGAUGAUUGCUUGCAGAGGUACGAAGCCGCGCUGCAAAAGGCCUCAAGGGUCGCGAAGAACGCCGCCUUAUGGGGUAACAUCUUCUAUGCGCUCUCACAGUCAACAGCUUACUUUGUCAUCGCACUUGGCUUCUGGUACGGAUACCGGCUUGUUAUGCGUUUGGAGUACACUUCGAGCCAAUUCUUCACGAUUUUCACAGCGGUGGUAUUUGGUAGUAUCCAAGCUGGGAAUAUCUUCAACUUUGUGCCCGAUGUCUCAAAUGCCGCAAGUGCUGGAACGAAUAUGUUUGCUCUGCUAGAUCAAAAACCGGAAAUUGAUAUUCAAUCAGAAGAAGGCAUCGUGUUGGACCAUUGCGAGGGACACUUACGCUUCGAACAUGUCGAAUUUGAGUAUCCAUCGCGGCCUGGCAUAAAGGUACUUCGCAAUGUGUCGAUGGACAUAUUGCCCGGCACACACUGUGCGCUGGUGGGUAGCAGCGGCUGUGGCAAGUCCACGACAAUCCAGUUGAUUGAGCGGUUUUAUGAUGUUCAGCGAGGACGCAUCUUGCUUGACGGGUACGAUCUGCGCUCGCUGAACCUAAACUCGCUUCGCAGGCAUAUCGCACUGGUGUCGCAAGAGCCAACGCUUUAUGACGGCACCAUUGCAUUCAACCUUCGGAUGGGGGCAAUUGACAAUCCAGACGAUGUGACGGAGACUCAAAUGCGAGAUGUCGCUCGCUCUGCCAAUAUCCUCGAUUUCAUCGACAGUCUUCCAGACGGCUUCAAUACCCAGGUGGGUAGCAAAGGCACGCAGCUGAGUGGCGGCCAGAAGCAGCGCUUGGCCAUCGCACGUGCACUUGUGCGGAAUCCAAAGAUCCUCCUACUUGACGAGGCGACCAGUGCCCUUGAUUCAGACUCCGAGAAAAUUGUACAGCAAGCUCUGGACCGAGCGGCCACUGGACGGACUACGAUUUCUAUCGCGCAUCGACUUGCUUCUAUUGCACAUGCCGACUGUAUUUUUGCGUUCCACAAAGGCGUUGUCGCCGAGGAAGGCAAUCACCAAACACUCAUGCAACGGAAUGGUAUAUAUGCAAACCUCGUAGCGCUCCAAGCGCUCGAAAAACAAAACUUGUAG